ACAAUAAAAACUGACAGUGCAACAGAAAGGAGAAAGAAAUGGCAACAAAACCUCAGUCUGUGGCAGGAGCUGGAGCUGCAAAACCUGGCGCAGCAUCUGCAAGCAGUCAGUCCACAACUCAGGAAUAUGUUGUGAGAGUUUCAAACAACACUUCCAAGAAGCACAGUAUGAUCAAGUUCUCCACUGGAACUGAAGUUGACUUCCUCAAACUCACAAAUACUACUGUGAGAAUGGAAAGGGAAAACAAUUUGAGAGAAUAUAAAACUGCCCAUAAUUUAGACAUGAUGCCGAAAUUUGGUGCUGGAAGUGAGUAUGGCCGUGAACAGAAGGAGGAGGCUAGAAGAAAAAAGUUUGGAAUAAAUAUCAAGAAAUAUAAUCCUGAUGCACAGCCAUGGCUAAUGAAAGUUGGAAAAGGCAAAGAUGCUAAAAGAUUUAAAGGUGUGAGGGAAGGAACGAUCACACAGAAUACAUCAUAUUAUAUAUUCACACAAAGUCCAGAUGGAGCAUUCGAUGCCUUCCCUAUAGAAGAAUGGUACAACUUCCAACCUGUAGUUCAGUAUAAAUAUCUCAACUCGGAGGAGGCAGAGGAGGAAUUUCUAAAGCGGGACAAGAGGAUGAACAUGUUUUCCAUUAUGAAGAGGAUAAAGAAAGACGAUGAUACCGCAGAUCCUGAUGCUGAUGAGAAGAAAGUCAAGAAAAAGAAAGAUAGGAGUUUGAUAUUGACUGACAUGGAGGAAUGGGGUUUCGAUGAAGAUGAUGAUGACGAUGAUGAUGAUGAUGACGACGAAGAGGGAGAGAAAAAGCCAAAGAAGAAAGAAAAAAAAGAUACAAAGAAGAAAGGAAGGAAGGUUGCAAAACUAAAUGACAAUGACGAGGCUGUAGAAGAUAGUGACGAGGGAGAUUUUGAUGACAGAGAACUAGAUUAUAUUUCAGAUUCUGGAAGUGAAUCAGAACUAGAUGAGAAAGAGAAAGAUGCCAAGUACGAUACACAGGGUGUAGAUCAGGAACGUGGACUGAAGAAACUGAUCGACUCAGAGGAAGAGAGCAGCGAGGAGGAGGGAGAAAAUAAAGAAGAAGAGGAGAACGAGGAGGGAGAGGCUGACGAGGGAGGGGGAGAGGGAGGUGGUGGCGGCAAAGAGAAAAAAGUGAAGAAAGAAAAGAAGGAGAAAAGUAAAGAUGGUGGAGAUGACAGUGACAGUAGCAGUUCCUCCUCGGACAGCGAGGACUCGGAUAUAGACAAGAAUGAGGAUAAGUUCUCAUCUGUUCUCUUUAUGCAAAAAAGGAAAGGUGGAUCAAGAUCUAACACUCCAACAUUUGACAAAUCAGCUGAUAGUAAGGUAGAUGUCAAGACAGAGGUCAAAUCAGAUGGUGUAAAGAGGAAGAUGGAGGGUGAAGAUACGACAGACUCACAGAAGAAACCUAGAACUGAAUCUCCCGUUGUGCCGUCUGCUUCCAGCGCAUCAUUGUCUAGUGGUGAGAUAACGGAGGAAGCUAUCAGACGGUAUCUGUCUCGUAAACCCAUGACAGCUAAAGAACUUGUACAGAAAUUCAAAUCAAAGAAACCGCAGAUGUCGAAAGAUCAGAUGACUCAACGUAUUGGACAGUUAUUGAAGAAAAUCAAUCCGGAGAGAAAAUAUGUGAACAAUGUGUUGUAUUUAUCUUUAAAGAAAUCAGAUUGAUGAUGUCUUCAUUCCAUAAUGCCUGCUGUUUAGUACUGGUUGUAUAAAAAAGUGAAUUUGAUUGAAAGAUAUCUCAGGGAUAUCUAUAAAUGACUGGAUGCUGUAUCUAGUUAUUGUUUGAGUUGUAGGCCGUGUCCUAGUAACACUUACCCUGCUAAAUUUCUAUACUGAACUUGUCCAUCUUUCAAUCUGGACAGUACCAUUAACUGUUAAAAGGGGUGCUACUGUAAAAUCUGGUAAAUAAGCGUAUACGCUUAUAAUAAUUUUAGUGGCACUUUUAUGCGCCUAUUUUUGAUAUGUGCUUAUACUUAAGCCAAAACUAUGGGCUUAUAUUUGAUAUGUGCUUAUAGACAAGCCGUGUGCGCCUAUUUUUGAUAUAUUAGAAAAAUUGACAGUGCUUACCUUAGUUGAGAAAACGAAAGUAAAACAUGGUCAUGGACGUGCACAGUGAACUACUUCCUUCUAUUGCAUACAGUAUUUAUACAUAAUGAAAGCAUAAUUGAUCAUAUAUAAUUUCCAGAUAAUGUUCAAUCUCCUGCACCAUUCAAUCACUGUUCAACACUAAGAUUGUAACAUUUUAUCCAUAUUGCUUUCACACACUUACAAAAGAAUGACAAACUGUUAUGACAACGCAAACAACUUUUCUGGUAUUCAAACUUAUUUUCAUUUACUGAAAACAUUUUCUAUUCAAAAAGCAUGAUUAUCGUAAACAAUUAUCAUUUUAUCAGUUAAUAAACUUUAAAAUCUUUUAACACCCAUCGGCUAUUCAACAGGUAAGAACACUUGUCACCUGUAUUUAUGAUUAACAAUGAUCAGGGUAUAAUACCGUAAUUACGUAUUUUUGCUGCAUCUGUUGUUUGUUUACCAGUAAUCGGAUAUGCGCCUACUUUCGAGACAAAAUUAUGGUAAGAGCAUGACAUGCGCUUAUUAUCCCAUAUGGAAUAACGGUAAGGCCGUAUGCGCUUACUUUUGAUAUGCGCUUAUAUUCGAAUAUGCGCUUAUUUACCAGAUUCUGCAGUAUCAAAAAGAUACUAACUGAAUAGCGAACAGUGCAGAUCAUGAUCAGACUGCACAUAUGUGCAUGGUGAUCUUAAUCUGUACUGGUCGCAAAGGCAGAAACACUUGCUGCCAGCAGGUUAAGGGUUAACUAAAUGAGGCACUGUAAUUUUAAUGUUAACUUGUGGCAUAUAUUGGUUGCUGGAAUAGCUUGUUAUGGAGAAGUAUCAUGUUUGAUUGAGGAUUAUUCUUAACCUUUAAGCCUGCUAAAUUCCUAAAAUGGACUGGUCUAUCAUUCAAUUUGGGCAAUACCAUUUAUUAUUCAAAGGGAUGUUCACAGAAAAUUUACCGACUGAAUAGCGAACAGUGCAAAAGAUGAUCAUGCUAGUAGCCUAAAGGUUAAAAUGGUUAAUUUUGGGAAUUUAUAAUUUGAGCGUGACAUAAUUGUUCAGCAUUGCUCAGGGAGGGAAACAGAUAUACGUGUAUGUUGAGUACAGAAUGUGGAUUUUGAAUCCUGAUUUUUGUGUCCGAUCUCUUGAUAUUACUGAUUAUUGGAAUACUAAAUGUCUACUCUAACAUGUUUAUAAACAUUUAUGUAUGUAUGACCCACCUCAUAGAGUCAGUGGAUCUGAUGAAAUGAGAAUUUGUCAAACAGUUGAUUAUUUCUUGCCUGGCUAUUUAACAUUUUUAUUCACAUCACGUACAUGUACUUUUGAAAAGUCUGAUUGUAAGUUUAUUGAAUGUGUGAAAGAUAUUCAUUUAAUCAUUUUGUGGGCCUUAAAGGCCUUCAUCAUUCCAUGUGUUUACUCUAGGUCAUUUUUGCAUUUUGUUAUGUUGAAAACUAAUGCAGGACAUGUUGCUAGAAAUCAUUUAGUGCAGCAGAUAAUGUGAAUUUAUGGUAAGAAAUAUUUCAGUGAGAGAAAAGAGUGUUUUAAAUCUACAGAAAAACUUGUUACACUACUGCAUUACGGUAUAUUGUGCUCAGUAUUUUCAAAUAGUUCUGUGCUAUUGAAAAGUAAAAUAGAUUUCUAUAGAGUUACCAGUUAUGCAGUCACAAUAUCAAACAACCUUGAAAUUUGAUGAUAAAUGCUUUUUUUUGUUUCUGUGUGGUCAAAGUUGCUUUACAAGUAAGAGGGCAACUUUUGCCUCCCACCGGUUCUUUAAAAGUGAUGGGUACUGCUGUAACAUGCAUUGUUGUUGAAAUAUGAAAAGUGCUAGUUUUGUGCAAUAGAUCACAGAAGUAAAUGAUAAAAAUGACAAGAA